AUGGGUCGCUGUUCCAAAACCAUCGCAGAAACUAUCAGUCAGCAGAAGAACAGUGGACUCCACUAUCAAAAGAUUCAAGGAGCUCGGUACUUUAGAAGACCGCCCAGGAAGAGGAAGAAAAACGACCGCAACUUCUACGAGAAAUGUGUUGUACGGGAUAUGGUGCGACGCAAUCCGAAGAGGUCGAUGAUGAAGAUUGCCAAAAAGCUGGGAAUAAGUCAUACUUCCGCUUGCCGUAUAGUCAAAGAGAAGUUGGGAUUGACACCUUAUCGAUGCCGAAAGGUGCACCUCCUCACUGCAUCUAUGAAGAAAAACCGGGUCCAGAAGUGCAAGAUGCUCCUCCAACGGUUCGCGUCGGCGCGCCACCGAGACAUUGUCUUUUCCGAUGAGAAACUGUUUACGUUGGAGUCGACCUUCAACCGUCAAAACGAUCGGGUGCUCUGCUCGACAGCUGAAGAAGCUAACGAGAGUGGAAGAAUUCAUGGACGCUCUGGGCAUGCAGAAAAAAUCAUGGUGUGGGCAGCGAUCACCUACGAAGCGAAGUCCCCGCUGGUUUUCAUCGACAGCGAUGUUAAAAUCAAUACGGAGGUCUACUUACAGAGCGUGCUGAAAACACCUUGCUUCCCUGGACACAAUGUCACUUCGGCUCUAGACCGUUCGUGUUCCAACAAGAUUCAGCAGCGGCUCAUAGAGCGAAGGUGACGCAGCAGUGGUGCCGAGAUCCCAGGAUUUAUCACUGCUCAGGAAUGACCAUCUAAUAGCCCUGAUCUGAAUCCAAUGGAUUAUUCCGUAUGGUCGCUAUUGGAGAGCAAGGCCUGCUCCAUGCAACACCACUCAAUCGAUUCGCUGAAGAGGGACCUGCUCAGAGCAUGGGAAGAAAUACCUUUGGACUACCUUCGCGCCACAGUGGACGACUUCCCCUCACGUCUGAGGGCCUGUGUCCGAGCUCAUGGAGGGAUUUUCGAGAUUUGA